AUGUCGUUCCGGCCCGUCAACGCCGCGCCGAAACAGGCUGGCGUCGGUGUCAGCGACAGCAAUGCUUUGCUCUCGACCGCCCACCGUGUCGCGCCUCACGACUCGUCGUCGUCGUCCUCGUCGUCGUCGCAAGGGCACAUCAUGGCCAGCAGUGCCGCCGGCUCGUACCCGUUGCAGAAGCAGAACUCCAACACCGACUCCCAGGCAACCGCCCUCUCGUCUUCCAACUCCACGGCCGAGUCCCACCGCGUCUUUACGCCACCCAUAAUCGAGAGGAGCGCGAGCAACGGUGCGGCAAGUAGCGGCCACGAGUCCAGCCAGGAGUCCCAGCUGCGACAGCUGUCGCAGCUGGCUGCUGUCCAGGAGAAGAUGCCCGACGUGGGUGCCGUCGCCCCUCGCCCCUCGGUCAAGAGGAUGGCCGACGGCGCGGUCAAGGAGAACAACAGGACAUCCCCGAGCGCCUCUCCUCCUCGGCCAGGUCCUGGCUGGCACUCGAGGAACGUGAGCGGUGUCAGCAUUGCCUCUUCCGCCAGCAGCCGUGUUAACGAGCUGUCCUCCGAACUAAAGGCCCGCCUGUCCUAUGCCAUGCUCAAGGUUCACAACGGCUGGCAGUCACGCACCAUUGACGAGGUCGAGAACCUGGCCUCUGCCGCCGCUUCUCCUGCUUCCUCCAGCAACUCUACCCUGCCAGGGCCUGCUGGAUCUUCUAUCAGCCCGCAGAUGCAGACUCUAUCACAUCCGCUGCCGAGCAGCUCGGGCGCACCUCCUCAGACCCACCAGCCACAGAGCAAAGACGACUCUGGGGCACGCUCUUCAGCGAGUCCUGACAUGCAACCUGUCUCCUCCUCUGCUCGGCUGCAGGAUGUUCCGUCGCUAGCCCCUCCAGUCUCCAUUCAGCCUCAUCGCAACGAAACUAACCACCGAAGAAACUCCAACCCGAAGCACACCCCCAGUCUUCUCUCCCCUCGAUCUCACCACAGCAGCCCGCACACACCAGCUUUACCAUCUCUCAGUAUCUCCCGGGAUCCUGGCGCCGCGCGCGCCGCAGCAGCAGCAGAUCCCGUGAUCAUCUCUCCCACCCACAACAACCGCGAGAAGGAUGCGAUGGAAGCCCUACUUUUUAUGAGCAGUCCGGGGAACUCUGCAAAUAUGAAGAACUACUAUCCAGCCUCUCAGUCGGCGGUCAGUCAUCUUCGCAAUGGCGCCUUGGCUGUACCCAGCCCGCAGAGGACGGCGCUGCCGACAUCUGCACCGAAGCGCAAGAGCUUGCCGAACGGCCGCCCGAUGCACAGCUCACAGCCCCUUCCGGCAGCCCACACUUCGCCCAAGAAACGCGUCGGUUUCGGGAGAUCGCCGUCUACCUUUAGCGAGAUGGACAUAGACGAUCCAGCAACAAGUCCGCGCCGGCAUGCCACACACGCGCGACCCCUCGCACACAGCCCCCAGAAGACGACCAAUGGCACGGCGGCGCAGGCACGACAUUCGAUGCCACCCACGAUGGAAGUGAGCAAGCCUUCGCCGCAGCCCAAACCGAGGUUCUCUUACGAGGACCUUGAUAAGGUUUUGGACCAGGUGGCGGCCGAGGAUCCUUCCUCAGAGUCCGAGAGUGAGAUUGAGCUGCCUGCCCGCCGAGCAGGAGCCGGCAUGAGAUCGUGA